UAUCACCACUUUACCACUUCCACGCUUAUUUCUAAUUGAUCCUUUUCCUGUCUUGUUUUCAUGACAUAAACUAUCAUCAACUGUUGCUUUCCAUUUUGGCUAUAAUUCCACAAAAUGUGCCAUUCAUUGCAAGUGUAAUAUUACUAGCAUUUCCAUAUAUCAGUCCAUGGCCUCCUUAAUGCUCAAUGGAGCUCAUCAAAAUCCAAACCUCAUUAGUGGCAUAGCUCCAAAUGGCCUUAACUUUCACAGCAAGUGUUUAUUCCAAAAGGGUGUGCUGUCUCAUGGUAACAAGUUAAGGGUGGUCAGAAAAAACUUCACUCCCAAAGGCAGCAUGUCAGCAUCAUCAUCAUCAUCAUCUAGGCCUGGUUCUCAGCCAAGGUUCAUCCAGCACAAGAAGGAGGCAUUUUGGUUCUACAGGUUUCUCUCUAUUGUGUAUGACCACAUCAUAAACCCGGGGCACUGGACCGAAGACAUGAGAGACGAGGCACUGGAGCCUGCUGAUCUCUACAACCGCAACCUGAGAGUGGUGGAUGUUGGAGGUGGAACUGGCUUCACCACUCUUGGUAUAGUGAAGCAUGUGGACGCCAAAAACGUUACAAUUCUCGACCAGUCGCCACACCAGCUCGCCAAGGCUAAGCAGAAGGAGCCCUUGAAAGAAUGCAAGAUUGUUGAAGGGGAUGCUGAAGAUCUUCCAUUUCCAACUGAUUAUGCUGAUAGAUAUGUUUCUGCUGGAAGUAUUGAAUACUGGCCAGAUCCGCAGCGUGGCAUUACGGAAGCAUACAGAGUGCUAAGGAUAGGAGGCCUAGCUUGUGUGAUUGGUCCUGUACACCCAACAUUUUGGCUGUCUAGGUUCUUUGCAGAUGUGUGGAUGCUCUUCCCCAAGGAGGAAGAGUACAUUGAAUGGUUUAAGAAGGCUGGUUUCAAAGAUGUUAAGCUCAAAAGGAUUGGUCCAAAAUGGUAUCGUGGGGUGCGCAGGCACGGCCUUAUCAUGGGUUGCUCAGUCACAGGUGUGAAGCCUUUGUCUGGAGACUCUCCCCUCCAGCUUGGUCCCAAGGUAGAGGAUGUAAAGAAGCCUGUAAAUCCAUUUGUGUUUCUUUAUCGGUUCAUUCUUGGUACAAUUGCAUCCACUUACUUCGUACUAGUGCCAAUUUACAUGUGGAUCAAAGACAAAAUUGUUCCAAGGGGCAUGCCCAUCUAAGUUUGGAGAAAGUAACUCGGGUAGGAAGGUCAAGUUUUCCCUCCACACAUCUCUAAACGACUGUUUGUGAAGGAUAAUAAUUCAAUCUUGAAUCUUUCCAUCUUGCCAACAUAGUAGGAAAGAGUUACUUAAGGAUGAAAUGCUUCAAAACCAUUAGCUUAGUUUUGUGCCAUUACUAGCUUCACUAUGUUUUGUAUUUGUCAUUGUUGCUUUGGCAGAGAAAUAUAGAAUGUGUGUUGGCAGCCAAUUGUUCAAUGAACCAUGGCAGGAUCAUCAAAAUGUUGUGCUUCUUUUGCUUUGCUUUGUACCAAAUGGACAAGACAAGGUAACCAUGACAACAUUCAAAUAUGUUUGUUUUAGCUUUUAUUUGUAUAUGUGCGUUGGUGGCGAGUUUUAACUGAA